CAGCGGUAGCGGCAGUGGCAGCGGGGAAGGCGGGGGUGCCUUCAGGUGUCUGCGACCUCGCCACCUCCCGCCCGGAAGUACCCAAGGGUCCGCUAUGGAGCCAGGCGAGACCUUUUUCUUCCCCCUUGGAGAAACUUCAGCGACGGAAGAGUAGAUAAGCUUUGGGUGAAGUAGACGAAGGAGUAGAUGAACUUUGGGAUGACCUAGACUGAAAGAAUAGCUCGGUAGCGCAGCGGGCAAGGCAGGUGCCAUGGCCCUGAUCGAAGGGGUGGGUGAUGAGGUGACCAUCCUGUUCGCGGUGCUUGCCUGCCUUCUGGUGCUGGCUCUCGCCUGGGUCUCAACACACACUGCCGAGGGUGUUGAUCCACUGCCCCAGCCAUCAGGGACCCCAACACCGACACAGCCCAGCGAAGCCAUGGCGGUCACCGACAGCAUCAGGGGGGAGGCCCCAGGAGCUGAGACCCCCAGCCUGAGACACAGAGGUCAGGCUGCACAGCCAGAACCUGGCGUGGGGCUCCCAGCAACACCGCCACCUCCAGACUCCCCCCAGGAACCCCUAGUACUUCGGCUGAAAUUCCUCAACGAUUCAGAGCAGGUGGCCAGGGCCUGGCCCCAUGACACCAUUGGCUCCCUGAAAAGGACCCAAUUUCCUGGCCGGGAACAGCACGUGCGACUCAUCUACCAAGGGCAACUGUUAGGAGACGACACCCAGACCCUGGGCAGCCUUCACCUCCCUCCCAGCUGUGUGCUCCACUGCCACGUGUCCACUCGGGUGGGUCCCUCGCAGCCGCCGUGCCCGCCGGGGUCAGAGCCAGGCCCCUCCGGGCUGGAGGUAGGCAGCCUGCUGCUGCCCCUGCUGCUGCUACUGCUGCUGCUGCUCUGGUACUGCCAGAUCCAGUACCGGCCCUUCUUUCCCCUGACCGCCACUCUGGGGCUGGCCGGCUUCACCCUGCUCCUCAGCCUCCUGGCCUUUGCCAUGUACCGCCCGUAGUGCCUCCACGGGCUCUUGGCAGUGUUGCUGGCCCCUCCGGACCUUGCUCCCCACGACACGGUGGGAGUUGCUGUCUGCCCAGGCCUGCCUCUCCGACCUGCCUCUUCCCACUACCCUGGAGCCCAGCCCUGCGCCGCAGAGCACUCCAGGGGCCAGCGGAGGCCCCUCCUUGUGACCUCCACGGCUAUGGGCCGCCCCCCGGGGCAGCUGGCCCUCAGCACCCACUAACAGUCGGCUCCUCCGGGUCAGACAGCUGCUGUCGCUGCCUUGGCCCUGGGCAGAGCCGGGCCACGCCCCUGGGCCCUUCUUAGUGUUCUGCCUGAGAAUCCAGCCACCUCUAGUCCCUGACAGCUCCUUGGGCUGAUUUAGGGACUCAAAGACUGUGAGGGGCUGGAGAAGGGGAGCUGGGAGGGGUGGAGGGGGUUCUCUGGAAC